GUCUGCGCGUUUGGUUGUGGAGUUGAGACUAGGAAGUAUUAGCAGCCAGCCCACUUAGCACUUAAGAAAGAACGGGAAAACAUGAUAUAAAUGAGCCUUUGUCUUAAUUCGACGUUAUUUUAAGAGUCUAGAAACAGUUUGAAGCUUAAUGCGACUUAAUGUGGAUUCCUUUGGGGAUUGCUUGCUAACUGUCUUGUUAUUUAACGAACCAUCUGGGAAGAUUUUAGCAGAGUAGGGUAAGCUAACAUUAGCGUUAGCAGUCGGGUGCUUUCUGCGAUGGCUGCUGUGGUUGGAUUUUUACUUUUAUUGCUGCUGGCUGACUGCAAAGCGAGGAUACACAAACUCACCUUGGAGAAUGAAACUCGGUUUGUUGUUCGCCUCAACACUUUUGGCUUCUAUGUCAACGGGACUCUGGAUGUCAAUUUAACUUCUCUGCAUAUCAAUGAACAUUAUGGGGACUACUCGUCUUACCCGGUUGGAUUCAGUGUCUCCAGGUCACGCGUGAGUGGAGUCCUCUCAUAUACAGCAGAGGAGACGGAGACGUGUCCUCUCAACCUCAAGAAUUCGAACAACAAUGAGCCACUCAUCCUUUUUCUCAUUGAUGUUGCUGGCUCCAGAGUUAAUGUCAGAGCGUUGGGUGAGCUGAACAACACUUUGACAGGACGGUUAAAGGUUACGUCUCCCAAAGAAGCUAACAAUAACAAAAACACAACAAAGGAGAACAUGGAUGAGGACAAAAAAGCAGCUGGACAGAAGAAAAAAGAUCAGGCAGAAGAAAAGACAAAAUCUGGAGUAGAUGAUAAGAAAGUUUACCAGCUAAAGGACACCAAGGAGUUGACUUUAGCUUUGGAUAAAGUCAACGGCUCUUACAGUUUUAGUUUCCACAUGGUCAUUGGACCAGACUCUGAGGGUCUGUACAAUCUCAACUUCCACUACUGUCAGAACUUGCAAGCUGGAUCUGACAUGCCAUACUCAUUGACUGUGGAAGUGACGGAGAAGAAUGUGGAAGGAUUCCUAUCGGCAGCAGAAAUUCCUCUGUCCCGUCUUUACAUUUGCAUGGCUGGAGUUUUCUUCACCGCUGCCAUGAUCUGGGUGUACACACUCAUGAAGCACAGAUUUAGUGUGUUUAAGAUCCACUGGCUCAUGGCAGCGUUGGCCUUCACAAAGUCCACAUCGUUGGUGUUUCAUAGUAUCAACUAUUACUUCAUCAACAAAGAAGGCCUUCCCAAUGAAGGCUUGGCCGUCAUGUAUUACAUCACUCACCUGCUGAAGGGGGCGCUCCUGUUCAUCACAUUGGCUUUGAUUGGUACCGGUUGGGCUUUUGUCAAAUACAUCCUGUCCGACAAGGAGAAGAAGAUCUUCAUGAUUGUCAUCCCACUGCAGGUUCUGGCUAAUGUGGCCUAUAUCAUCAUUGAGUCUACAGAGGAAAGUUCCAGUGAAUAUGCUCUCUGGAAGGAGAUUCUCUUUCUGGUGGAUCUCAUCUGCUGUGGAGCCAUCCUUUUUCCUGUUGUCUGGUCUAUUCGUCACCUACAAGAGGCAUCCAGCACUGAUGGUAAAGCUGCCAUGAAUUUAGAGAAGCUGAAGCUCUUCCGGCAUUACUAUGUGAUGAUUGUGUGUUAUAUCUACUUUACGAGAAUCAUCGCCAUUCUGCUCAAAGUGACGAUGCCUUUCCAAUGGCUGUGGUGCUACGAGUUUCUGGUGGAAGUGUCGACUCUGAUCUUCUUUGUGUUGACGGGCUACAAAUUCAGACCAGCAUCCAAUAACCCGUACCUCCAGCUCUCCCAGGAUGAGGAGGACAUAGAGGUGGAUGAAGUGGUGACUGAAUCCGGCGCUUUGGAGGGCAUUUCCAAAGUCAAGAAGACGUGUAACGGCCGUGACCGCCAGAGAGAGUCCACCUUGUGAGCAGGAGGCUGCAUUUUUGGGGACGGACCCACUAAACGACCUGAGGGCAGCCGGUACAACAGGAGGAAUGCGAGGACAACGGCGGCUCCUCGUGUCAGCCGGCAGCUUCCACCUGAAACUUUUUUAAGCAGUUGCAGCGGUCGUACCCGCUCUGUGGCUAUGCAAACAGAUCAAACUCCUCAGAAACACUCCACCCAGAAACUGACAAAAGCUUCGGUCCAGGAGGAGAUGAGCGGCGCCUUUCUCUCGUGCACUCUUUCUUUCUUUCGUUUUCCAAAGAUGAUUCUAUUUUAAAGGAAGCUUACAUGGAGUGUGUUUAUAUUGGCUAUUUAAAUGGUAGUUUGCGUGUGUGAGACAACAAAAGAUUAGAACUAAGUAAAAGUUUUCCCUUUUUACAGACAGAAGCCUGCACUCAGGUAAAAAAUAAAUAAAUUAAAUGUAAAUUUAAUCCUACACGUUGGAACCGAUUCCCGUCGCUAAGCUCAUUCAUUCUCUUCAGCGCACAGCACUUCUUACUUUUGUGUGUAUGGUUUUAUUUUGAAAUAUGAGGAUGUUGAGGUUGUAAAUUUUGACAUAUGAAGAGGUAACAUGCACAAACAAAUGGGUUUAUUUUAUUUUAACAUGCUUUAAAAUAGAUACCGCUGACAUUUAAAAGCCUUUUUUUGACAGUCGUAUCUUAAGUUUAAAGUGCCCUUUAAGGUGUCACUUACCUGUUUCUUCAAAAUGAUUCCUUCAUAUUUAUUUGCAUAUUGAAAUGUUCUGUUUCAGUAUUAUUGUUCUUCAGAUGGACUGCUGCUGUAAUUUAGUGCUUUUGUGGUUUAGGUUAUUUUAAUACAACCCAGAUGGCGAUGUGAGGAUUUCCUAAUCAGUAAGUCUGGUUUAAGGUCACAGUUUAUUUCCAGAGACUUUUUGUUCUUUUUUUCUGUCACUCUAUGCCGCAUUGGGCAAAGAAGUGACCUACUUGAUCAUUUUGCUUUUACCUUUUGCUCUUGACGUGACGCUUACUUUUUAUUAAUUACUGAUCUUUAUUGGUUGGGUGAUCAGGAACAGUACGCUCAGAGACUCUUUGUAAAUAACUCACAGGGGCAACAAAUAGUACACAGAAAGGCACAAACACGUGUUGUAUCGGACAGCGUUACAGACAAAUGGGAGUCCUGUGAGGUUUAAAUGUCAUCACCCUUCGCUUCACCUGGAAGGCCAGAAAUUAAUGUUUUUGUUUGUUGGUUGGUUGGUUCCAGAAGCUGUUUGAUGCCUGAACAGUCAUAAUAAAGCUGGUGUUCUGGA